AAUCUACAGUCUCCGUUAUUCCAGUGAAAUCUGGCACUUUCUGAGAUCAUGCAACAGAUGAGUGACCACCGCUAUGACAAACUCACCGUGCCUGAUGACGUGGCUGCAAACUGUAUAUAUCUAAAUAUCCCCAGCAAAGGACAUGUGUUGCUGCACCGAACCCCAGAAGAGUAUCCAGAAAGUGCAAAGGUUUAUGAGAAACUGAAGGACCAUAUGCUGAUCCCCGUGAGCCAAUCUGAACUGGAAAAGGUGGACGGGCUGCUCACCUGCUGCUCGGUUUUAAUUAACAAGAAGGUCGACUCCUGAGUGACAGAGUCCCUCCCUUGUAGCUGGCAAGACUACACACGCAAGGCCGGUGACUCUGUACCCAUUCCCAUCAUUUUCCUUGACAAUCUACUGUGCCACUGUGCUACUAACUCUUGUUUACAAAAA